UGUGCGGUGAAUCCACCAUUUUUGCAAAAAAUGUGAUAAAUGCUUCAAAUUAUCCCUCUUUUUCCCCCUAAAUCAUCAUCAAAAUAAUUGCUUAAUGAAAUAAAUUAGAACGUUAACUAUCGAGUAUAACUGAACAGAACAAAUAACUUAUGAAUAAGAAAAUGUCAUAUGUCUCAAGGCAGCCUAUGGUCCCUGGUUUGGGGCCACCAAUGGGUUAUGGCUUUGCUCCUAUGGGUACAAUGGUCCCCAUGGGAAUGAUGAAUUCAAAUGUUAUGAGAAACAAUGCCGGUUCUCUGCGAGAUCGACCAUCAAAAAAAUUAGUACCUCAGGAAAUUCCAAAGGAUGGCGAUCAUGAGAAACAUCCAGUCACAACUGUAUUUGUUGGUAACAUAAGUGAGAGGGCACCAGAUAACAUGAUUAAACAAAUGUUGACACGGUGUGGUACAGUCCUCAGCUGGAAACGGGUCCAAGGCGCAUCUGGGAAACUUCAAGCAUUCGGUUUCUGUGAAUAUGACAAUCCUGAAGCCACAAUGCGAUGUAUACGAUUGUUAAAUGAAUGGAUGAUAGCUGACAAAAAAGUAGUGGUUAAAGUUGAUGCCAAGACAAAAAAUCUUAUAGAGGAAUACAAGGCAAAGAAAAAGGAAAAACGUCAGCGUGAAAAGGAGAAAAAUAAAGAGAAAAAUGGAGAGGAGGAAAAAGAAGAGGCAGAAAUCGACAGUGAUGAUGAUGCUUUAGAUGAUUUCACGUUACGGGAGGAUCGCGUGGCCAAGGCUGGACUUGAUUGCAUCAUGAGGGAGUACCAUGAUGAACUCAAGAGGGAUCCUUUGCCGGGUAAGAGGCCUUGGAAAAGAGCUGGUCCAAAUGGUAACAGUGUUAGGCCACCUAUACAUGUCGUACAGCAAGAAGCUGAUGAAGAUCAACGACGACGAAAGCCAAAAGACGAAAAAGAAAUGGGUUUGGAUGAUCUCGAAAUGGAAGACGACAAAAAAGAUCUUAUCAACAGAGAAAUUAAAUUCUUCAGAGACUCUCACAAGGAUGAGGAAGAGGAAAGGCCGAGGGAUCGCGAUCGUGACCGUGAAAGAGAGCGACGCCGUCGAGAAGAGUACGAGAGGGAACGGGAGAGACGUGAGCGAGAACGGGAGAGGGAGAGAGAACGGGAGAGGCGCAUGAGAGAACGUGAACGCUCAAGGUCAAAGGAAAGAUCAAGAGAUAGAUACAUCGAUGAGAGACGGGAGAAAGAAUUGGAAGAAGAGGAGGAGUUAUACGAACGGAAAAAACUUGAACGUCGACUGCGUGAGAAAGAAGCAGCAUAUCAAGAGCGAUUGAAAAAUUGGGAAGCUCGUGAAAGAAAGAAGGCAAGAGAAUAUGAGAAAGAGAAUGAGAAAGAAGAUGAAAGAAAGGUAGAAGAGUCUAAGGAAGCCCGCCGAUUGAAAGAAUUUCUUGAAGACUACGAUGAUGACCGGGAUGAUCCUAAAUAUUACAAGGGCAGUGCAUUAACAAGAAGACUAAAGGAACGUGAAAAAGAGAUCGAAGCCGAUAACCGCGAUCGACAGCGGGAGAAGGAAGAGAUUGAGGACAUCAGGAGGCGCUUGUUAGAAGAGGGGCACCCUGAUGCUGAAGAACAGGUUGCAAGGCUUGAAGAGCUUAGGAAAGAGCAUUUACGCCCGCAGCUAAAGUUAAUAGAGCCUGAGCAGCCACCAUCGCCAGUCGAGCCACCCCCAAUACACCACCCUGUCAAAGAGGAGCAGCCUGAAGUGGUCAAGGAAGAACCAAGGGAAAAGCCAAUAGCAAUUGUUCCACCUGAACCCUUCAUUGGACCAGUUAAAGAAGAAUCAUCUACAUCUGAAAGUCCCAGUGAGCCCUCCGGCAAGCGCAAGAAACUCACUGUCGGUGAGGUCUUCAAUCAAGACGACGAUGAAACAGAGAUAAAGAAACGAAAACUGACACUGCCGGAUUCCAUGGACGUCUCACCAGCAGCGCCGCCUAAACUGCCUACAACUGCUGAAGAAAAACGGCAAUAUAUAAAAAAUUUGAUCGAGCAGAUUCCGACCGGGAAGGAGGAGUUGUUUGCAUUCACGUUGGACUGGAGUAUGGUUGACACGGGGCUAAUGAAUAAGCGAAUUAAGCCGUGGGUGAAUAAGAAAAUCAUUGAGUAUAUUGGUGAAGAAGAAGCCACAUUGACCGAGUUUAUCUGUCAGAAGGUUAUGUUACAUAGUACUCCACAGGGGAUACUCAACGAUGUUGCAAUGGUGCUUGAUGAAGAGGCCGAGGUGUUUGUUGUGAAAAUGUGGCGUCUGCUCAUCUACGAAACGGAGGCGAAGAAAGCUGGUUUAGUCAAAUGAUACAAGAAGACUUUCAAGGACAAUUAAUGUGACUAUAUCAGUGGUGUUUUAGCCACGGAAAUUGACCCAGGACAGUAUUCCGAAAUCACCAAGUCAUUUAUGGUACCAUUGGAUGGACUUAAUGACCGCCGAAAGAUUUGACUGGGUGCUGUGUUCAUAAUUUCUGCCUACGAUAGGACGUCUCAAUUUCUAACAGACUUUGGUCAGUGUGCGACUACCCGGUACUAGUGGACAUGAGGAUGAAUUCUGAGUUCAUCCCACUUGAUUAUGUGUGUUGUUUGGUGGGUAGCAUACAGAUUCGGGUCACUUGCUCCUGUUGCAUUCUAAACUGAUUAACUGAGAAUGAAUAUCUUCUGUAUUCUGGGUUUGUACAGAAAAAGAUUCAGUGCUGUUUAUAGUAUGGGGAAGAGGGAAGGUUUUUUUAGAGAUGGUUGUCUUGAGAGGUAGAGGGGGGUUAUGGUGUAGGCUGGUUCAAUUUCAGAACAAGUAUCACACCACUGAGCUACAGUCAAUGGCAAUGCCUUGUUCAUAAAAUGUUUUGAUCUCUACAAUGACUCAGAAAGACGUAUUUCAGGAAAUCAUGAGUUUUUUUACUAAUGCGAUUGUUUACUGUGCAUAGCUUGACUCCUCUGAUCUGUGCUGUACAGUGGCCCCAUUUUCAUUCAAGAAAGUCCUUGCAUUAUUUUUUUCUUUUGUUUUUUUUUGUUCUACGUUGUUAGACAUGAUGUUUUGUGAAUGUUAAUGUUGAUGAAAUAGGUGUAAGCACUUGCUGAAAGUGAACUGUGAUACACUCUCAUUCCAAUUUAUGUUGAAAUGAAGUGUUCAUCGAAACCUGAUGUCAUGUCUGGACAUUGCGCCAUAUAAUGGAUGUCUCAACAGCUUAUGACACCUGGGGAUUUUGUUUUGAUACAAUUGCGUUAUGAGAAGCCUGGUAAGGAUUGCAAGCUCUAUUGUCAAUGCGAAUUUAACCCUUUGUCAUGUUAGUAGUUUGAUUUGAUGAAAUUAUGAAUUGUGCUGUUUUCUAAAUUAUUGUGUCCCAUUUUGUUCUGAUUACAGUUUGAUCAGACAUUUAUGAAGUGUUCAGGUGAGACAAAGGGUGACCCACCACGACAAAAUGAGUCGCAUGUCGCACUGAAGAUGACCCUAAAAUGACACCAGGGCAUAACAGAAGAAAUUGAUGUACUCAUGUGUCACAAAAGGCAGACAACAGUGAAAUGAACAACCAGUCCGUCUCAACCUGGAAAGCUCUGAGCGACAUGCGACUUGUUUCUUCAUUGCUGGUCACAAAUGCUAAAGGUUUUGGCCCUAGGUAUAAUAAUUGCAAUGAGCUUGAGUGUGAGGGGGGAGGGUGGGGAAGCCCAAUGACUAGUUCAUGCAUUUUUAGUCUAAAGUAAGCUGUGUCAUUGAUCGAGACACUCUGAUCUCCCAUUGAUAUGUAUAUCUCUGUAAUAGUUGGGUAAAUAAAUUUUUAUCAAAAUGAAAA